AAUGGAAAACCAAAUCAAUCAAAUGGACGAGCAAGAAAAUCCUUGCUUCAAAAGGAUACAAUUGUGGACGGCCCAAGAAACCCGUCUGCUCCUCGAAAAAUAUGCCACACAUUUCCCAGAAAUUGGGCCCACUAAGGCAAUUAAGAACAGAAAAGAAAUGUGGGAAAAAAUUGCCACCGCUAUUGAUGAAGAUCGGCAAAGAAGAGGGAGGAGCACUGUGUUUAAGAGAAAAAAGGUAGAUGUCGAUAACAACAAUUCGGCGCCAAGAAGCAGAAUAGUAGAACCAGAGAUUGAGAAAAAGGAAGAAGCACGCGAAAGACGACACUAGGAGAAGAUGGACGUCCUAAGUAACAUUCAGUACAUGGUCGUGAUUAUGCGACAAAGGAAUAUAUAGU